AUGGGUGAUGGUAGCCUCAAGAAAAGCAAGCUCUCAUGGCCAAAAACAUUGGUAAAGAAAUGGCUCAACAUCAAGAGCAAAGCAGAAGACUUCCACGCAGACGACACAGACAUGUACAGAGGUGAAACAAGUGGAGAUUGGAGGAACAAAGUCAUCGAAAGAGAAGAAGCAUGCUCUGUCUACAAAAGCAAAACUGAGACUCCAACCAAAAGGAAUAACGGAAGAGGUAGACGAAACAAACACGAAUCCGAUUCACCGUUUGUUAAACAAGUUCAUAACCUUAGGGUUUUUACUGCUACAUGGAACGUCGCCGGAAAAUCUCCUCCGACUUACCUAAAUCUCGACGAUUGGCUCCACACGUCACCUCCUUCCGACAUUUACGUUCUUGGCUUUCAAGAGAUCGUUCCUUUGAACGCCGGUAACGUUUUGGGUACAGAAGACAACGGACCUGCAAGGAAAUGGGUGUCUCUCAUCAGAAGAACCUUAAACAGUCUCCCGGAGAACACCGGCGGAAGCUGCCGGACUCCUUCGCCGGUUCCUCACCCGGUCGCCGAGCUCGACUCAGACUUCGAAGGCGACUCAGCGGCGGGGGCAAACUCGUCAUUUUACAAUCGGAGGUCGUUUCAGUCACUUAGCAGGAGCCUGAGGAUGAAUGACGAAUACAUGACAGCAUCCGUGGAGCCCCAGCUUGACCGGAGAUUCAGCGUCUGUGACCGUUUCAUGUUGGGUCAUAGACCUGAUGAUUUCUACGACCAGAGCUUCAGGUAUUGCUCCUCUGACGACGAGAAUGUGCAGGAGGCUGAUUCUUCUCCUUCGUGUGAUCAGUAUUAUUCUCCUGUCUCGAGGAGUGGAUCGUUUGUGACAGACGAGAGAGAUAAGGGAAGAGACAAGUCUAAGUAUUGUCUGGUUGCGAGUAAACAGAUGGUUGGGAUAUUCUUAACUGUUUGGGUGAAGAGUGAUCUAAGAGACAGUGUCAAGAACCUCAAAGUGUCUUGUGUAGGGAGAGGCUUGAUGGGUUAUCUUGGGAACAAGGGCUCGAUUUCAAUCAGCAUGUCGGUUCACCAGACGAGCUUCUGCUUUGUCUGCAGCCACUUGACGUCUGGUCAGAAAGAAGGGGACGAGCUAAGAAGAAACUCUGACGUUUUGGAGAUUUUAAGGAAAACCAGAUUCCCUAGAGUGAACAACGCAGGCGACGAGAAGUCUCCACAGACGAUUUUAGAACACGAUCGAGUAAUCUGGCUUGGAGACUUGAACUACCGUAUAGCUCUUUCUUACCGGUCUGCAAAGGCACUUGUCGAAAUGAGAAAUUGGAGUGCCUUGCUUGAGAAAGACCAGCUACGGAUAGAACAACGAAAAGGCCGUGUCUUUGAAGGAUGGAAUGAAGGGACUAUCUAUUUCCCACCCACUUACAAAUACUCUAACAAUUCAGAUAUAUAUGCUGGUGAUGAUCGGCUUCCCAAGGCCAAGAGACGGACUCCAGCAUGGUGUGAUCGCAUACUCUGGUAUGGGAGUGGUCUUAGUCAGCUAUCGUAUGUUCGCGGGGAAUCAAGAUUCUCUGAUCACAGACCAGUCUACAGUUUGUUCUCGGUAGAGAUUGAAUCGGUACAUAGAAACCGUAUCAAGAAAAGCUCCAGUUACUCCAGCUCUAGGAUCGAAGUUGAGGAACUUCUUCCUCAGCGUUAUGGAUAUUCUGAGCUUAACACAUACUGA